AUGUGGUACCAGCAUUGCACAUUCUUCAUAUUGAUUUAUUUCGUUGUUGCUAUCGAAAGAAUUCCUGUAGGGCAAAAUUUAAUUGUAUUGAUCCUAGAUGGUUAUGGCAAAGCAUUAUUAAACCAAACAGAUUCUUCCGGCUUCCGCUUACUGUCCAAAAAUGGUGUAUCUACUGACUUCUUAAAACCUGUUUAUCCAACACAGAAUUAUCCAAACUGGAUGACCCUCGUCACAGGUUUAUAUACUGAAAAUCAUGGCUAUGGUGCUGAUUACAUGUGGGAUAGGACGAAGAACCGAGUAUUUCGGAAGGGAGAAUCAAGCGAUUUCGGUGGAAGUUGGUGGUCUGAUGAUGUAACUCCUGCGUGGUAUACAGCAGGUAAAGCAAACAUCGAUGUUCAUUGUUACUGGAUGCCAGGUUGCGACCUUCCUUGUCGAGACAUGAUUGUGCAAGUUCCACCAGAACGUAGAUACAAUCUCUCAACACCUGAACAGACGGACGCAUUAGCUACAUAUUUUCCAGAAAUAAUACAACAAAUUUCUAAGUAUCAGUUCUACAGGCAACAACUUUUUUUUCUUCGAUAUGCUGGAGUUCAGGCAGCUCUAGAAACAUUCGGAUUCGGUAGUGAUGAAGUAAGACAAACUUUGAUUAACGUGGAUUUAAACUUGCUAUCGCUUCAACAAAAACUAGAAUCUGCAAAACUUUUCGAUUCAACAAACCUUAUGGUACUUUCUACACAUGGAUUAUAUCCAGUUGAGCAGGAAGAGCAAUUCUUUAUUGAAGAAUGCAUGGCGGACUUUUCAAAAAUCCAAAAAGUUGUCAAUCAUCACGCAAUGAUGAUGAUAUUUACAAAUCCAAAGGAAGCUGAUGAAGUAUUUUUCGAGUUAAAAUUAUGCGAUCAGUGGGCUCCAAUGGGUGAUUACGAUGAAAAUCAACAACCUUUAAUAUCAGUUUACCGAACAGCAGAGCUGCUAGAUCGUUUACACUGGAAAAAUUUCAAGCAUAUGCCUGAAAUCGUCUUGUUCACUCGCCCAGGUGCAACUGUUCUAACGCGUGAACUGCCUUCGAUACCACCACAAAAUGAGCAAGAAAAAGAUGUUAGAUUUACUGGUGGUUGGGACAACGAUAAUUCAAAUAUGCAAGGCAUAUUUUUUGCUCGAGGACCUGGUGAGUUCGUAAAAGUGAAGUGCAGUAAUAGUAAAGUUAACGGCAAAACUCCAAUGUAG